AAAAAAGAGAGAGAGAGAGACUAUGGAAUGCUGUGAUGUCACCAGCUAAGUCAUACACAAAGGCAAGAAGGACACACAAACACUCACUCUCCCUCUUAUAGUAAAGUCUGCCGUGGAGCGUCCGCACCCAGCUCGUGUCCAGUUUAUGGCUGCUAAUUAGUGAUGAGAGCUUGUGUGUGGUGAACGGACCGAGCUGGGCUUCAUCGUCUUUACCACCAUCAUCCUCGUACUGAAGGACCGUUGCUGAAUCUCAGGAUAUAAUCAGGUGAACCACACACACGGCCAUGCUGCAGCAGAUCUUGAACGAUAUGUACAUCGACCCAGAUGUGCUGGAUGCUCUGAACGACGAGCAGAAGAAGACGCUCUUUCUGAAGAUGCGUGAGGAGCAGGUGCGACGCUGGAAGGAGCGAGAGGAGAAGCUAGAGAGGGAACCACUCAAACCCAAACCAAAGACAGCUAAUAGCAAGAGUGUUAGUUGGCUGCUGGGACGAGAUGGAGACGUGCAGGUCAUUGUCAUUGGAGAGAUGGAUGAGCUCAAAUCAUCAAAGAUCAUGUAUUCAGGGUUUGGAGAGAGAAAAACUGCCAGCGUCCUCAACAAUUCACACAACCAGCCCAGCACUUUGAAGAGCAACUUGAUAAACCGAACAACAACGGAACCUGUACGGUCAGGCAGAGAAAACCUUCCUCCCAAAGCACACUCAGGAGUUCAGCUGAACUUAAAGGACAACAGUGACAAAGAGUUAAGGACUCUGGCGCCUCCACAGAUUCCUGUACAUGAAGAAAAGCCAUCAGCACCUUCAGAAAAUGUAUCCCAUCAGCCUCAGGAGUCCAAAGAAAAGGCUGAGUCAGGACACUCGGAGGAUGACUCAGCACUCUUGUCCUCAAUUUGCUAUCGGGCCCACUCGAGAUCUUGCCUCCUGACACCCUCGGCUCUCAGCAGACCUGGCUACAAAGACACGGAGGACAGAACGACCAAUCAGCUACCUGACACCUCCAGACUCCAUCCCCAAGACACCCCCAAACCACAGAUCAACAGAGGUGAUUUCCGAGUGGUCGCUGCCUCUAAACGGGCGUUUUCUGUGGAUGUGGGUUCUGAGGUAGUUGAGGAGAGCUGUUUGGGACGAGGACGGGUUGCUCAGCUCAUGAAAACCUUCAGUGUGUCCAGUGAGUCUCUGCCCUCCCAAACGCCGCCCUGUGGCAACAAACCUCCAAUCCCAGAAAAGCCUACCCACUUGAGGCUCCGCCCCUCACCCUCUCUCAGGUAAACAGGGGACCAUCCCCAAGGGACUCCAGCCAGGGGUCUUCUUCAGUGGCUACAUUUGAUGGGUGUGGGUACUUAGCCUCUCUCAGGAACUAAGUAAUGC